AUGUUUGUUUGCAUGGUCUUUUGCAAUAAAUUCAUUUAAGUUACUGCAAACUCAUGCCCCUAUACUACUUAUCCAAUGAUCCUUGGGGGUAUUAAUGAUGAGACAGUAUUUAAAUCAUUUGAUCUCACUUCAGAUGGACUCAAUAUUGUAGUUGGAGGCUACACAAAGGAUAAAGAAAUAUUGUAACUUUAGUAAAAUCAAUAGUAGCCUAUUAUUGGGUAUAUAAUGCAAGGAUUGUAAUCCCAAUCAAACUUAUAUCAAAUUCUUACCAUUUAUUUAUGGACUACAGCAUAUAUUUCACUCUAGUUAAACUAUAUUGGUCAUCCAUUGGCAUUUCAUACUUAUGACUUAGGCAAUGCAUACGUUGGAGGAUAUUUGGCUAGCGGUGGUGUACUUGUAGCAAAUAUUAUAGACUAUAGGAUCUCUUAACUAAUUGGCUAUAUUCUAGCUACUCCAUUGUAAUAAAUGGCUUAGAAUAUUAACGUCUCUCAGUUUUGGAGGUGUCUUUGCUCUCAAUUCUUACAAGCAUAAAAAUAUCAAUGCCUUUAAACUAUGGAAAAUGCAUCUAUCUCAAAGGAGGAUCAACCACAACACUUAAGACAAUAUAUACCUUGCAAAAUUCAUUAGAGCUACAUUAUCUAUCAAUAAACUUUGUAAAUUAUGUUACAAUUACCAAAAAAGUAACUGUGUUUUCAUAAUCUUCAUUUGAAAUUUAUGAAGGUUAUUAUCACUCAGCAUAAGGUCAUUUACUGA